UUAAACCUGAUUAAGUACAUAAAAAGUUUCUUGUGAAUAAUAUUAAUAAAUACUGAAUUCAAAACUGAAGUUUGUAUAGAAAAACAAGAGCAUGUUGGUAAGAUAGUUACCGCACUCGGUAACCCUUUUAAAACCUUGAUCGCUACGCUCUCUCGGUCCAGGUCUGUAAAUACUAUGCAGACCUGUUCUUCGUACCGUAACUAUUACUUACUUUUGAGUCACAGUUUUUAUAAACAAAACAAAUCGUCACAGAUAAUCCAAUACGUGCAUGUAGUUAUAGUUUUUUAACGGUCAAAACAAAUUAAAUAUGCAAUAACUUUCCGGAGGAAAAAAAACUAUAUAUUUGUGAAAAAGUGCGAGUUAAUUAUAGAGGUUUGCAUAAAUUAUUACGAACACGCCUUCAACCAAUUAAAAAAGUCUUAAAGAUGGAGCUAAUCAAACACGAUUGGCUAGGGAGUGUCUGACAAUUGAGUAAAUAAACUUUGAUUGGUCUUUGGCUGGUCGGCGCUAAAACAUUGUGCAUAUCAAUAAUCAAUACAGACAUCUUAAGCGUGACGUAAGAACUGCUGCCCUGACAAAAGAUCAAAGGUACCGACUGAACAUUUUGAUGUCUGAGGGAAGAACUACAGCGUUAUGGCAACUGGAGCUCCUCUGUCACUGCGUUACCACAGUGACCAGCUCAACAACAAAGUGGUGUCUGUAAUGAGAGAAUUUUAUCAGACAGGGGAGUUCUGUGAUGUCAUACUUCACACUGGAAAUAUUAAAAUACAUGCACAUAGGAUUGUGCUGGCUGCAUUUAGUCCUUAUUUCAGAGAUUUAUUCCACGAGCCUGACAACAAACAUAAAACAGACAUCAAUUUAGGCAACCACUUGCGUGAUGAAUGUGUACGACAACUUGUUGACUUCUGUUACUCUAGCAACAUCACUGUAGACUCGCAAUCAGCAGAUAAAAUCCUGACAGCGGCUAAUUUCCUGCAGAUCAAAGAAAUUGAAAAACUUUGUAUAACUUUCCUGGCGGCUCAACAAGCUCUUAAAUCUGAGGCAGUUCAGCAACAAACUUCUCCAGUAUUUGUACCUACAACCACAACAACUCAAUCUCCAACCCAGGACAAAAGCAGGCGUGAUGGUUUACGUGAACUUGCCUGUGCGGACACAUCAGGUAUUGGCAGUAGUAACACCAGCCCACGACAGUCGUCAAGGCCGAGUUCGGUACCAAGUGGUAAUGGUUCUGUGAUCAUACAGCCUCUGGAAGACAAUGACCUCGAACAUGUAGUGGUCAAAAAAGAACAGGACGAGUCACCAUCAGAUCAACCAUUCUUUACACCAAGCAGCUCCUUUUCAUGGAGCCGGCCCGACUAUGAUAAUUUUCGAUCAGGUAUGCCAACUUUUCCUGGAUUUCUGUUUCCACCAAUUGGAAGUGCCUUUACCUUGCCUGUAACCACCUCAGUUCAACACCAACUUCUUAUGAAAGCUUUAACCAAGACUUCUCCCAGCUCAGGCGACCCUGGGGAGGUAAGGGAAGGGUAUUUAGGGAAAUACGGGGCACCAGUUCAAGCAAAAGAGGAAAAUAACCAGUCAGACACUGAGGAAAACAACAAUACUGAUACACCAUCCUCACACCAGUGUCAUAUAUGCCUUAAACUUUUUCAGAAUCUUGCUACCUUAAAAGCGCAUGUGAUGUCAGAGCAUCGUGAAGUUUUAACGGCUCCAGCCCUUUCACCUUACAAGAUGAUGUCCCCAGUACGUAAGUUGUCAACUGAAAAUACAAAUCAAAGCAGUUCUCAGGCUCCAAAAGACACAGAGGACUACGGGGGUAGCAAUAUGUGCGGAACUUGCGGGAAGUCGUUUCGUGAUCCGCAGUCCCUGAAGUUCCAUAGAUACAACCACGUUCUGCGUUAUCAAUGUAAUUACUGCGGAAAGAGGUUCUCUCGUAGCUGGAACUUGCAUCGGCAUCGUAAGACACACUAUCGUCAACUUCAAGAGGCUGGCCUCGGUACAGACGAAGUGCAUCCAAUAGAUGUUGAUGAGAGCACUAAUCAAACGCCGACUCCUACGUAUGAAGUGGAAAAAGAUCUGAUUCUGACGUCCCCGUAUGCUGAUUACCGCAAUCAUCGGCAUGAUAUGAUGCCAUUUGCCUUUGAUAUGAGGAAGAGCGCACCUUCUUGUACCUAUGGUAUGGAAGAGUCAAAGGAUACUGAUGGGGACACGUUGAUGGAUGGUAAGUCUGGUACAGAACAGGAGGUAGAAGAUGCAGAUAAAGAACAAACCAAAGCUGACCCUUAACGAUGGUUACCCUAGGAAGGUAAAUUAAAUGUAUAAACAUAGCUGUUGAAAGGAGCUUAAAGCUACCCUCUGUAUUAUAUACUGAAAUUCAAACAUUAUAGUGUGAUGAAUAUUAGAUUAUCAGUGUUAAUGCUGAACAUUGGACAAAACUUGUGUUAGUAAUGACACAUGUAACCUUUCAUACAAGUAGGACUUGUUUUAUAACAUUUUUGUUGGUUUUGCUAAUUAUUUCUACAUCGGAAGAUGUAUAGUUUGUUUAAAUCAUCAAAAUUUAGAUAUAUAUGUUCCACAUUUACCUCAUUUUGUUAGUUAUCAUAAAUAGUAACAUAGCUUUGUUAAUACAGCCAAAAUAUAUAAAUGUAGAAAAAAUCUUAAUAUUUUAUUAUACUGUUAAAUAAUAUUCUCAUUAUAUUGUCAGAAGUUGGUCUGAAAAGUACAUAGCUGAGAGUGAUUUUGUUAUGUAGGAUAAAAAAAGACAUUAUCUUGCUUUGUGUAAGAUUGUCAAAAAUUGUUAAAAUGUUUAAUUAUUGCUAAAACAAGAGUUUUCCUGAUUUCCAUCUUGUUCUUGUUAACACAAAGUAAUACCACUAUUGAUAUAUCAUUUCAUAAUACAUGUAUGUCACAUGCAUAAAGCCUAGGUCACAA